AUGUCUUCCCGAGCACCUCCCCCCCAUCUUUCCCCUCGAGAUAGGGAUAGACGCUAUACUCGAGACGACCGAGACGAUAUCAAACCUCGAGCAAGAAGCAGAAGUCGAAGUCCUAGAAGGGAUAGGGAUAGAUAUGAAGAUAGAGACCGAAGGUACGAUAGGGACCAAAAUAGGGGAAGUUACAGAGAUGAACGAUCCAGAAGAGAUUAUGAUAGCCCGCGAGAUAGGGAAAGGGACAAGGAUGUUGGGAGAGGGGAUAUCAACCGUGAGACCCGUCGAGAAGAUAUUCAGCGAGGGGAACUCAAGCGGGACACAGCAGCAAACGAUAUGUCACGCGAUGCCUCGCGAGCUGGAACACCACGAGUCAAUCCUAACAACGAUCCCAAUUAUCGACCUUCCCCUAAACCUUACGACGAUCGCCCGCCUGCAGGAUCGGUAGCUCCAGCUUACGGUCGUGGAGGAUACGGAGCCAGAGGUGGACAACGUCCCGGACCCGGUGGAUACGGUGGGAGAGGAGAUGGUUACGAACAACCAUUAGAUAGAAGAGCUAUAGAGGAAGGUAGAAGGCGGAGAGAGGAAGAGAGAGCUAAAGGUAUGGUGUACACUGAGGGAGGCAUGCUCGAAAAAAACGCGGAGGACGAAUCAGCUGUAAAAGAGGAACCUCAAGACGAAGUCGACCCAGACGAUCCGGAAGCUCAAAUGGCAGCAAUGAUGGGUUUUGGUGGUUUCAACACCUCUAAGGGUAAAGGUAAAGAAGACAACAUCGAUGGCGUAGCGAAGGUGAAUAAGCAAAGAACAUGGCGACAGUACAUGAACAGAAGAGGCGGUUUCAAUAGACCACUGGACAAGAUCAAGUAA